AUGGCUUCGAGGACAAAUAGUUUAGCAUGCGAUGAGCUGACCUUUGAUAUCAUUUUUGUCGAAAUAUGUAUCCCACAAAUUAAAAUGAAGGAGACCUUAAUUAGCCUUUUAGCUCUAGUACUGGCUUUGCAUUUGUUCCGAGUCUCAGCCGAUAGGCUAUCUCUUCCUCAUCUCCCAAUCAAUGAAACCUUUCAAGGCAUUGUUGGCGAGUACUCAUACAGUGGACAAUGUGGAACGCAAGGUCUUGGCCAAAAAUGUCCUAAUGGCAUGUGUUGUAGUAAAUGGGGUUGGUGUGGAACCACAUUAGACUAUUGUAGUCCCAAAAACUGUCAAAGUCAAUGUGAAAUACCAUCCCCACCCCCACCCCCACCUUCACCACCUCCACCUCCGCCUCCAUCCCCACCUCCACCCCUUUCAUUUCCACAAGGACGUUGCGGAAACCAAGCUGCUGGUAGAAAAUGUCCUAAUGGCAUGUGUUGUAGUAAAUAUGGUUGGUGUGGAACCACAUUAGCCUAUUGUAGUCCAAAAAACUGUCAAAGUCAAUGUAUAAUACCAUCCCCACCCCCACCCCCACCUUCACCACCUCCACCCCCUUCAUUUCCACAAGGACGUUGCGGAAACCAAGCUGCUGGUACAAAAUGUCCUACUGGAUUGUGUUGUAGUAAACAUGGUUGGUGUGGAACCAUAUCAGCCUAUUGUUAG